UAUGAAAAUACACUUAUACAUGUAUUGACAAAAGCACUUUUAACUAAGACGUGUAUUUAAACAAAUCUACAUUUUCAGUUUCGUGUUCCGGAUCAUCACCAUUGUCAGUGUAAGUGUCCACUCGCGGUCAGUUCGGCCAUUCAUCACACCGUGACCGCGGAAAAGGGUCUUCCACGAGCCGUAAGCGGACAAUCAUGAAUCCUAAUCUACAGUGAUAUAUGGAUCCAGUGAAGUCUUUAAAGUGACACCUAUACAAAUACCGCGUUUUAUCUUGCUGACCACGUCAUGGUGAAAUUCCUCGCACUUUCUGUACUGAUGGCAGUAACUGUCGUCAGUUUGACGGACGGACUUGAACAGGCCAGAGCCAGAUGGCCUUUCAACAAGCUGGAAACACAAGAAGGUAUUCAAUUUGUGAAUGCGCCUAUACUCACCAACAUUGGCAACAGUAACGCCGAAAUCUUCGACUCAAACAACAUCAACAACUUUGAUGUGAACAGCAUCAACAAUGUAGAUAUCAACAAUAUCAACAACAUUGGAAACUAUGGAAACUGUCCCCUUGAACGACAUGAGCUUCCCAACAUGUAUUACCAUAGAGAAUCAUUCGGGAAGCGUUUUGAACGGAAAUGUCCUGAUAGGCUUAUCUUCAGUGAAGUGGACUGCGCGUGUGCAUUUCCUCCAGAUGAAUGUACUGGGAUGAGGACUUCCUCCAAAGGAGCCCGGUAUUAUCAGCAGUACGCGGCUGGUCGAUGGGUGACGAUGAAAUGUGCCCCGGGGACAGUUUACAACAAAGCUUCCUGUCGAUGUGACAUCCAUAGUGAGCUAGGACAGGGUAAAAGUAACUGGGUAGAUGGCUCUAUAUUCAACUAGCAAAACUGUAAUCAAAUGAAAACUGGACGCCUUCAGCCAAUGACUGGUCAAAUGGCCGGAAUGUGUACAGAAUAUAUUUGGUAUUUUUCGAGACAAUCACGAAAGAAAAUCUUUGUUGACAUGUACUUGUGUUGUCUCAUCUCUACUUUAUAAACGUUAACCUUAUGUUAACAAUACGACAAUCAAAACGAUGACAUGAGAGAUAAUACUGAGCUGGAGCAAGAAAUUUUGUAUCUGUUUGAUUGAUUUUAGUAAUUUUUAAUAAACUUACCUGCUAUAA